AUGAAAGUCCUCUCCUUCAUCGUGGCCGCGGCCCUUCUGGGCCUGACUGGUGCGUCUUCGAACUCCAGCCAGGGGCUGUUGAAGUCAGACGGUGUGGCCCUGGGAGACUGGGACUCCGCGUACCAGAAGGCCUCUACCUUUGUCGCAGGCCUGACCACUGAUCAGAAGCUGGCUUUGAUCACGGGCAGCAGUGUCAACUCCACUAAUGGCAGCUUUAGUGGCCUUACUUUCCUCGACGGUGACAUGGGUCUCCAGAACUUCUACUAUGUAUCCGCUUUCAGCUUGUCUUCAGCACUUGCUAUGACCUGGGACCGCGAUGCCAUCUACGCACAGGGCAAAGCGGUCGGUUCUGAGUUUUACAAAAAGGGAAUUCAAGUUGUCGCUGGCCCGACUUCUCAGCCAUUGGGACGUACGCCCUGGGGUGGCCGUAAUGUUGAGGGUUUUGGCCCCGACCCUUAUCUUAAUGGCUUAGCCACUGGGUUAACAACAAAAGCCUACAUCGACGCUGGCGUUAUCCCAGGUGCUAAGCACUUCCUUCUCUACGAACAGGAAACAAAUCGGACUGGCGGCGGCGGCGGUAGUGGUCCUGGCGGCGGCGGUAUGCCUUCCGGGGGAAUGGGGCCCGGCUCGUCGAAUACUUCAUCCAUGGGCGCGAAGCCUACAGGAUCAAUGGGCCGUCGUGCUGCCAGUUCCAGUUCCGAGUCGGAUAGCGGCUCGGCACCAUACUCUUCCAAUGCCGAUGACAAGACUCUGCACGAGACGUAUCUUUGGCCGUUCUAUGACGCAGUCAAACAUGGUCUGGGUGCUGUGAUGUGUGCCAUGACGAAGUUUAAUGGCACACUAAGCUGUCAGAACUCCGAUUUGUUGAUGAAGCAUUUGAAGACUGAGCUUGGCUUCCCGGGAUUGCUCUACCUCGGAUUCCCCACUGCUGCGCAGCAACCCGUUCGCCAGCUCCGUGGCUUCGAGCGCGUCGAAAUCGCUGCUGGCAAGCAGAGCGAAGUUACCUUCAAGCUGCGCCGUCGUGAUAUUUCCUACUGGGAUGUCCGCGCCCAGCAGUGGCUUGUUGCUUCGGGUGACUACAAGGUCUACGUGGGUGCAAGCUCGCGUGAUCUGAAGUUGAAUGGCACUUUUGCUGUUCAGACUUCGUCUUAG